GUGUGUAACACCAGUCGGUGCAUGUCAGCUUUGUAUUAAACACCCAAGGACACCCAAGCAAAUUAAGGAGAACAGAUUUAUAGACGACUUUGCUCUGACAGCAGGAACUAUAACAUGUGGAGUGAAUAAUUAGCCUGGUUCCGUAAUGAAGGGAACAUUGGACAACCAUCUCUACUGACACCAGAGGACAAAGCAUCUAUCAGACAUUUUAACAUAAGUUCUAAAUUCACACAAGUCCAUGUUAGUCACUUUAUGUGUCCUAUUAUUCUAUUUAUGUAUUUAAUCAUUUUAGACACGUUUUUUUAUAGAAUGUGUCUGAAAAAUUAAAUAUAAAGGCUUAAACUAUUUGCAACUGGACUACAUGCAGAAGUCACACAUUUAAAAACAUGCGGUUUCUGAGACGAGGUUGGCAGGUCCUGCUACUGAGGAUCACUGUUGUGGUGGGAUCACUGUGGAUGAUAUUUCUUGUCAGUCAGCUGGAUAAUGGUUGGACAUCUGCCCUCUUCCUUGAGUACAGCUGGUUAGAAUAUGCAGAUGAUGAUGGUAGCCCAGAAAAAGAGUACAACUGUCCAGCUAUCCUGUUGGGAGACCGGGAUGCGGUAGAGCAGGCCAAAAUACUGACUAUCACUAAACAUUUCUGCAAGAGUAUUCAGAUCCCUGAUGACUAUUAUAUUAAUGCAACGCAAGAUUGCAGGGCUUUCAAGUUAAGUAGGAAAUAUGUAACAUUCCCAUUAAGCAAGGAAGAGGAGGACUUUCCUCUGGCUUACUCUAUGGUUGUGCAUCACAAGGUGCAGAACUUUGAACGACUACUGCGGGCGAUUUAUGCACCUCAAAAUAUUUAUUGUGUUCAUGUGGACAAAAAAUCAGAAGCUUCAGUCUCCUCUGCCAUCAGUGCUAUUGCGUCCUGUUUCCCCAAUGUCUUCCUAGUCAGCAAGGCUGAGAAUGUGGUCUAUGCUGGCUGGCCACGUGUCCAAGCUGACCUUAAUUGCAUGGCUGAUCUCUAUAAUGCCAGCACAAAGUGGAAAUACUUUAUCAACCUUUGUGGUCAGGACUUCCCUCUGAAAACCAACUUGGAGAUGGUAAGGAUGCUGCGCGCCCUGAGGGGCGGGAACAGCUUGGAGUCUGAAAGCUUCCCUCCAGAAAAGAAGUGGAGAGUGUCAUAUGUUCAUCAGAUCAUUAAUGGAGGAAUCCAGACGACAAAAGAAACAAAGGAUCCACCUCCUUUCAAUCUGCCCAUCAUGUCAGGAAAUGCCUACAUUGUGGUUAGCCGAGGAUAUGUCCGCAGUGUGUUGAAAGACCGCCGAAUACAUGCACUGAUAGAGUGGUCCAAAGACACUUACAGUCCUGAUGAGCAUCUCUGGGCAACCAUUCAACGAGUCCCUGGUGUUCCUGGCUCUAAGUGGCCCCACCGUAAAUAUGACAUGUCAGAUUUAAAUGCAAUUGCUCGGCUGGUUAAGUGGGAGGCGCAUGAAGGGUUAGAGGAUUCAAUGGGGGCUGUGUACCCAGAGUGCAAAGGAACCCAUGUCAGGUCAGUAUGUGUAUAUGGUACUGGAGACCUGCAGUGGCUGCUUGAACAUAACCACCUUUUUGCCAAUAAGUUUGAUGUGGAUACUGACCCCAUUGCCAUCUUUUGCUUGGAGGAAUAUCUCAGACAAAAAGCUUUGGCUGAUUGGGAGUAGGUGGUUUUUUCUGGCCUAAAGAAGUUAUUUUCAUUUGUUCCUGCAGAUGAUUAAUAUAGUUUAAAGAAAAAUGCCAUGCCUAAAAGUAUUCACAACUAAAGAUCCAUAGAUUGUCGUGAUGGGAAUGCCACUAAAUACUAAGAAAUGUUCUGGAUUCUUUGGAUGUGGUACUCUCAUAAGAAACAUUAAAGAUAGAGAAACACUUCCAAUUUAUCAUUAUUAUAUCAUAAAUACAGUUUCUUAGAGUCAUAUAUUGUUUGUAUUUGUAAUGUUGAGGUAGAUUUUAUUCUCUGGUCAGACAGUGUGUGUCUACUUAUAUUUGAUUUGAUUGUUAUUGUCAUUUGUAACCUAGGUUUAUGAAUGGGUUUGUUUUUCUGUAAAGUUGCUUACAAAUAUCAUCAAUUACAGAUUGCAGGUUUGGGGUCUUUUUUUCAUUAGUGUAGUUUCUUCUUUGAGCUUCCUGUGCUCUGACAAGAAAGAAUAAUGCUUGCUUUGCAAUGUCAAAUGGUUCUGCCUGCAUACCUAUCUGGAUUGCACCAGAUGGACCAUUUAUUUGUCAAAAUCUUUCUUUAAAAAAUUGUUUACAGGGCAAGGCCAUUUAUUUGUAUAGCAUAUUUCAUGUGCAGGACAAUUCAAAGUGCUUUAUAUAAAACAUUAAAAGCAUUACAGAUGGUGCAAAGAAAGCAUUAAAAAGUACUAAAAUGCAGCAACAAAUAGCAAAAGUCACAAUAAAAUCAUAAAUUACAAUAAAAUGACACAAUAGGUUAAAAAGUUAGGUGCAAAUUUCUGGCAUAGGCACAUGAGAAAAGAAAUGUUUUUAACCUGGAUUUAAAAAUGUCUACAUUAGGUGAAAGUUUAAUCUCCACUGGCAGUUUGUUCCACUUGUUUACAGCAUAACAGCUAAAUGUUUAGUCUGGACUCUGGUCUGGACUAGUUGACCAGAAGCUUUGGAUCCAAGGCUAGGUUACACUUGCAAAUAAAUUUAUUGGGAUAUUCAUCAAGGAGUUACUUAAGUGUGCUACUUAAUUUAAUUUAUAUUAUUACUCUAUUAAUCAUAUUAAAUAUCUCUUUUCUUUAAGCUCAUAUACUUACUAACAGUGUGCUAAUGUGUUUAAGCAACAAUGAGACUUUUCAUAUGGGGUGAGUGAGAAGAACAUGUGAGGGGCUGACUAAUUGUGUCUGCUGGUAAAACAUGUGAAAUGUUACACUUAAAGGAAAUGUUUAAGUUAACCAGAGUCCAGAGGAAAUCUCCUUCUUGUCUGUGUGUUGUCUUCUUGUUCCUGUUUUUUAGGACACAAGUGGACCCAUGACUGCAGCUGACCCUACUUCUGCAACUGCAGCAUUAAUCAGCAAAACUGUGUAUAGCAAGACCCAUAUAUAAAGGAUUUGAGGAUCAGUUAGAGGGAGUUCUUACUGUGACGGCAGCAGACUCCAUAUUGUAUUAGUCCAUGGGACAGAUAAUACGAAUCCAGAAUUCUGUAACUGCACAUUUCUCAUAUCAGUUGUAAUUAAUAAAUUAGUUAA